AUGGACCUUCAAAGUUUAUCCAACCUCUUUGCGAGCACGUACAAUCCCGAUCCAAAUGUCCAAAAGGCCGCAGAGCUCCAGAUCCGCAAGAUCGGUGCACAGGAGGGCAUGCUCGCUGCCCUCCUCCAGAUCAUAGGGAACGACGGUGUUGAUCUCGCUACUCGACAGGCCGGAGUUGUCUAUCUCAAAAAUCGCGUCUUUACUUCCUACUUCAUUCAAUCUGCUCCUGAACGUUCGGACCAAGUUCCGAUCCCUCCUUCUGACCGACAAGUACUGAAGGGGUCGCUUUUACCCCUUCUUGCGUCGUCUCCAUCUAGGAGUAUCACUGUUCAGCUCGCCACAACUUUGAAGAAUAUUGUCGCCCAUGAUUAUCCCGAAAAGUGGCCUACCCUUACAGACGACGUGAAGAUACUGCUUGCAAGUGGCGACAUACGAGAAGUUGUUGCAGGAUGUGUGGCCGCACUCGAAAUGGUUCGGGCAUUCCGCUUUCGUCAAUCUACUACAACUAUGGCCAAUUUAGUGGCUCAGCUUUUCCCUACGCUAGUCGACAUAGCCACGCGGCUCCUUUCUACACCACCUGCGAAUGCGAAUCAAGAAAUUCCACUGAUGCUUCACCUCAUCCUCAAAACAUAUAAGACCAGUAUCGUCUUGCAUCUGAGCUCACAUCACCAGAGCGCAGAAAGCUUAGUCCCCUGGGGUCGCGUGUUGUUCCAGGUAGUUAACCUGCAGAUCCCCGCCGGAGCAGUCCCCGAAGAUGAAGAAGAGCGCGAGCGAAGUGAGUGGUGGAAGGCGAAGAAAUGGGCUUACGGCGUCCUUGGCCGCCUGUUCCACCGCUUUGGCAACCCCUCGCAGCUGCCGAGCUCGCUGCAGCAGGCUUACGGGCAGUUCGCGCAGCAUUUCGUGACAAGUUUCGCUCCAGAGAUUUUCAAGAUCUAUCUCCGCCAGGUUGAACUGUAUGUCUCCGGCCAAGUGUGGCUUUCGAAGAAGUGCCAAUAUCAAAUCUUCACGUUCUUCACUGAGUGUGUUAAGCCGAAGUCGACGUGGGCUCUGCUCAAGCCUCAUUUCCAAAAUCUUGUUUCGUCCUACGUGUUCCCGCAGAUGUCUUUCACGCCUGUGAAGAAAGAGCUAUGGGAGACCGAUCCAAUCGACUAUGUUCGCACUUCCGUCGAUGAAUAUGAAAUAUUCGACAGUCCUGUAUCGGCUGCGACAUCAUUCUUGUUCUCCCUGGUGAGUAAUAGGACGAAGACAACGUUCUUGCCUAUCCUCAGUUUCAUCAACUCGGUCCUGCAGUCGAAGCCUGCUCCUCCUCAGCGUUUCGGUGCACUGAACAUGACCGCUGGACUGGGUCCAUUCAUCAUGCGUCACCCUGAUGUCAAGAACAGCAUGGAGCAAUUUAUGAUCCAGCAUGUACUGCCGGAGUUCGCGAGUAGCGAGCCGUACAUGAGGGCAAUCGCUUGCGAAGUUCUUGGAACAGUGACAAAAGCUGGUCUGCAUUUCUCGAAUGAUGAGUACCUCCGCUCGCAUUUUACAGCCCUUGCGGCUUGCCUGGAUGAUUCAGAACUCCCAGUUCGUGUUCAGGCCGUGUUGGCUUUAACCGAGAUGGUGACUGUUCACGAGUCUGUGAGAUCUGCCGUAGCUCCCGAGGUUGGCAAGGUUAUCCACACUCUCUUGAAACUGUCGGACGAGACAGACUUGGACAUCCUCAACCACUGCAUGGAGAACAUGGUGGAACAAUAUCACACGGAGCUGUUGCCUGUUGCAGCUGAGCUCGCCACACGUCUUUGCGAGACAUAUACGCGCUUGGCACGAGAGAGUAUAGUCUCGGAUAGCGUCAAUGCUUCAGACGUGGAUCUUGACAGCUUGAUGGAUCGCGAGCCUGACGAGGACAAGACGUUCGCCGCUAUGGGUGUGGCCAAGACGAUUGGUACUGUUGUUGAUGCAGUGGACUCCUCCCCUGAAAUCCUCGCACAGGUACAGGAGAUCAUUAUUCCUAUCAUUGUACUCACUCUCGAGAAUAAGUUACUCGACUUGUUCGACAACAUGUACGAGCUGGUCGACAGCUUCACCUACAAACUACGCAGCGUUUCUCCGAGCAUGUGGCCGGUGUUUGAGCUCACUUACAAGACGUUCAAGGCUGAAGCCAUCGAUUUCCUUGACGAGAUGCUACCCUCCUUGGAUAACUUCGUAUCUUUCGGCAUCGAUGUUUUCAAGGCCCGCCCCGACUACAGGCAGAUGGUCCUCGAUGUUUACACAACAUCCAUCACAAGUGAUCACUUGGGUGAAAAUGAUGCAGUAAACGGUUGCAAGCUGAUCGAGUCUAUGAUGCUGAACUUGAGGGGUUCCAUCGACGAUGCCCUGCAAACAAUCAUUGCCACAUCUUUCAGCAUCUUCGACAAAUCGCAAACUACUGCUCUCCGUCUUGCGAAUCUGGAAGUCCUCAUCAACACCGUGCUUUAUAACCCUGCUGCUGCUUUGCAUCUGAUGGAGAGCCACCGCCCUGGGAUCUCCCGUGUGUUUUUCGACAAGUGGUUUGCAGCAAUCAACAACGAGAAGGGUCUUCCUCGUGUACAUGACAAGAAGCUCAGCAUCAUGGCCCUGUGUGCGCUGCUGGAAAUGGACCCGAGUGCUAUCCCGGACUUGGUCAAGGAGGGCUGGCCUGGUAUUGUAUCGGGUGCUCUGCAUCUCUUCAGGGAGCUUCCUCGGGCCAUUGCGGCGCGCCAAGAGCUGCAGGAAGCAUUCUCAGCUGAUGAUGACGACGACGAUAGUGAUGACUCGAGAUUACUCAACAUGAACGAAACCGAUGAUGAUGUUUGGGAUGAAGACUCGGCUUAUUUGGAAAUGCUUGCGAACGAGGGUGCACGCUUACGCGAGAGAUCCGAAAAGGAGGCGGCUGGUGAAGAUGUGUCCGAAAUCUCUGACGAUUCCGACAUCGAUGAAGAGCUUGGCUACAUUAGUCCGCUGGACAAUGCAGAUCCCUAUCUCUCCUUCAAACAGGCUUUGACAACAUUCCAGAUGAAGAACGGUCAUAUGUACCAAGUCGCGACAACUUCCCUUAGCCCGGAGCAGCAGACAUUGCUAAUGGAGGUCAUGAAAAUUGCAGAGGAGCACAGUCCAGAAACCCAGGGAGCACAAGCUCCAUAG